AUGACGACCGAGGCCACCACCAUCACGACCACGACGACGAUCGCCGCGGCGGCGGCACGCUGCCGUACCGUCCGGCUCUUCGUGGACGACUCAACGGAGCGCGUGGUGCUCGCGGAGGCCGGCGAGGGCGCCGCCGCCUUCAUCCUCUCCGUCCUCGCCGACCCCCGUGCCGCCGUCGAGGCGCUGCUCCGUGAGGAUCCCGCCUUCGCCGCGGCCGGCUGCUACGCCAGUCUCUCCGCCUUCGAGUCCCUCUCCCUCCUGCCGCGGUCCGUCGCUUCCUCCUCCGUCGCACCGGUGCUGCCGCGGGCCUGCAGGAGGCCAGCGGCCAGCAAGGGCGGCGGCAGGGGCAUCAUGGCGUGGCGCCUCUUCCGGUGCGACCACCUCUGGUGCCGCUGCAGCGACGUCGCGUCACGGACGCCCGGCUCCGCGUGCCCCUGCGCGUCCUGCGGGGGGAGGCGCGACACGGAGCUCCACUUCCUCGAGGCAUCCUUCUACCGCCGCCCCGACGGGUCCGCCGUCACCGCGGGCCGCGGCGCCGGGCGGAGCGGGGACACCUUCUACCGCUGCAAGGCGCGCGACGCCGAGCGCGGCAGGGACUUCCUGCCGUGCCGCUACCGCGUCACGGACGAGCGCGGGGUCCGGUGCCAGCUCUGCCACGGCCUCACCUCCGUGGAGGUCAAGUGCGCCAAGGCCGGCGGCGGCGGCGGCGGCGGCGAGCCGGCCGGGUCCGCAUGCCGCUACGCCAUCCUCGACGACCUCACCGUCAUCAGGCCCGUCGUCGUCAGCGCCGGCGGACUCAGCGUCGCCGCGCUGUUCUCCGCCGCCGGCGUCACGGUCGACCCUGCCACCGUGCGCGAGGUGGAUGUGCCCUUCGGGUACAAGGAGGCCCUCGGCAUGAUCUGGGCUUCGCUGCACUCCAAGGCCGUUCUAACCAACGUCUUCCGCUCCGCCGUCGUCGCCGGGGCCGCCGCCGCCACCACCACCGAUGAUCGCCAUUCGCCAGUGUAGUUUCUCAUCUCUCUGUCAGCGCAGGCUUUUUGCAAGGUGCUUAGCCACAGAGUGUCGUGUUCUUUCGCUUGACAGUAGUAGCUUAAUAACUACAGUACCCGAGUAGAGUUGGUUGAGAAUCUGUGAACGACAAAAGGGAAGCUUUCUGAUGUUGUAAGACUUUGAUUUUGUUCUAAUAAAUUCCUGUAGGGGCUCUCAAGCCCUUCCCGUUCCAUAAAAAAAAAAAACUGUGAAGUUUGCAUUUGAUGUG